CAUCGAUUUAGUUGUCUCGCAUAAGGAGUUGUUAUUUUUCAUUUUGUUAUUUAUACAUCACAGGAAUUCUAAUGGUUACAGUGAGAAUUGCAUUGGUUUUAAUGGGAACUAUAAUUAUAAGAUGGGUUGUACUGGUGGGAUGUUAUAUGGCACCCUACAUAGAGGGAGGUUGUAAAGUUUUUCAUUUGUUGUUUUAAUUUGUUUUAAAUAGAGAUGUUACAGUGAAGGGGCUUCCGUCAUUUCUGCUUGAUCAGUACAUAAGGGUGUAUGCUGAUGUAGAUGCAGUGAUGCAAGCUUUUCGUAUAAGAUCACACAAUGAUGACGUUUGAUAGACCUCGCUUGAGCAUUUGUAUAAGACCAAUCCAGCCCGACUUUAACUUUGCCGACCUGAAUAAGAUGUGCUGGACUCUUUGUGCUCCCAAGCGCAUCAGCAGCAAGCACCUCCUCAUCUCAGGGGUUGACGCCUUCAAGAUCUGGUGUAUCUUCAACUUCCUGUCUGAAGAGAAAUAUCCACUACAUAUUGUUGCAGAGGAGAUCGAGUACUUCCUGCGCAAGCUCUUGACAGUGAUGGGUUGCAGUUGGAACGAGAGAAGAUUUGAAGACUAUAAAAUGAGCAUGACGAAACAUCAACUCAACGGCUGGGAGCUGAUUGAACUCGUUGGCAUGGGUCAUUUCACCAAGGGCAUGAACCCUCAGACCAUCUCCAUGGGCAUCAAUGAGAUCUAUCAGGAACUUAUACUGGAUGUGAUCAAACAGGGUUACAUGACGAAAAAAGGUCACAAAAGGAAAAACUGGACAGAGCGAUGGUUUGAACUGCAUCUAACAUACAUCUCAUAUUAUGUGAAUGAAGACCUCGCAGAGCAGAAAGGAUGUAUUUCACUGGAUCGCAACUGCUGUGUUGAGUCCCUACCAGAAAAGGAUGGAAAGAAAAACCUCUACAUAAUAAGAUGCGUUGAAAAGAGCUUUGAGAUCAAUGCAUCAGAUAAAAAGACCAGACAGGAGUGGAUUCAAGCCAUCCAGGACUGCAUUGUGCGCAUAAGACAGGGCCUUUCCUCGCCACAACGUGAGGCCAGACAGAAACGCCGAGAGCAAAGAAACAGAAUGAGAGCAGAACAGGAGACCAUCGAGAACAGAAUGAGACAGCUUCAGCUGGCCAAUGAGAGCAAGCAGGCCGAGCUGGAGGCCAUGAGUAAGGAAGCUGCGUCGAGAGACCAUGUGGAAGAACAGAGAAUUCAGACCCAAAUAGAACUACUACACCAAUACAAAAAGGACCUGGAGCAAGAGAAACUGGCUCGAAGGCAGAUGGAGGAGCAGGUGGUCGAAAAGUCCAGCGAACUGGAGCAGUACUGGCAGCGUAUGCAGGAACUGGAGGAAAUGUACAGUCAACUGAAAGAAGCGCUGGAGGAUGAGAGACAAGCCAAACAGGAUGAAGAAGCCCUGCGCAAAGUGCAGGCCAGGCUGCUGAAAGACGAGGCGAGCAAGAGACUCGAGCUGGAGGAGAUUUACAAGCAACAGCAGCAGGUUUUAUCUCAGUCUCAGAAGGAGAAAGAAGUUCUGGAGAAGGAGCGAUCUGAGAAGGAACGUUCCCUGCAGGCUGCACGGGAGCAGCUGGAGAUUCUGGAGAAACAGAGGCAGGGAGCGCAGGAGGAGUACAAGGCAGUUACAAAGAAACUGGAGCGGGCGGCUAAUAAGACAAAGAAAUGGAAACACAGAGUCGGCGAACACGAGGGUCUCCUUCGACUCAUUCAGCCAGGCAACAAGUCACCGUAUAACAUAACCAACUGGGGAAUGGCGACUUUCACUGAAACAGAGCUGGAUCAGAUGGAGAAGAACUGGCAGGAGAACAAGCACAGACAACAUGAAGGACAGUAACUCCUGAUGUGGACAUUUAUUUUGCCACGAAACAGUCAGACUUCAUAAUUCUAGUGUUUGUAACAAAUGAAUGCGUUCAUGUAAUGCAUUAACUUCAUUUUUUCAGUAAAUGGAUUCCACACAUACACAAUGUUUCAUAAAGUUGUUGCUAAACAAAAUGGAUACUAUUUCAUGUGACAGUAGUAUUGUUUGUUUUCGAGAAGUACGGGUUAAUUUAUUGGAAGGGAACUGUUUGGUGGUGUUUUCUUUGUAGCGCUGUAGUUUUUCUGAUUUUAAAAUGUACUAUUUACAGGUAUGUGUUUAGAUCGUUUUUGUUUAAUUCUGUGAACUACUAACAAUAUUUCUCCCAAAUUUCAAAUAAGAAUAUUGUUUCUGUUUGCAUUUGUCUGCAGAAAAUGAAAACUGGAGAAACAAGUGAAAAUAACAGAAAAGAUACUUUCUAUUUUUUCAGACCUCAAAUACUGCAAAGAAAACAAGUUCAUAUUCAUUUUUAAACAACACCAGAGUCAUAUUUGUACAUGUAUUUAGGAAAAGUUAAAAACAUGUGUUUUAUAACGAAUUUUUAUCACAGUUUUCAUGUGUCUGGUCAUGCUGUCAGACUUUCACAUUGCUGUUGGAUGACUUUGUCACUCCUGAGGUUUGGUUUUGUUGAAAUUCAACAGGCACCGGACUGGAAUACAUGUAGGAAAUACUGAUUAAAUUAAAAUUGGGAGCUGUAUCUUAAUUUUAUAUUGUAUAGUACGUUCAUACAUGCUCGUGUCCACUAGAUGUCACUGUUGAUACACAAAUUGGUCAAAGGACCAACUCGCACCAGAGAUGCAAGUGUGCAGUUCUGAUCUCUGAUCAGCUUCACACUGAUGCACAAUUGUGUUUAGUUCUCGAAGCAUUGCAAUUUUUCAUCUUCUUUGCUUUUUAAAUCCAUCGUCAGCCAGGUUCAAAUAAACCUAUAGAAGUACAAUUUUUGGCUGCAAAUAGAAUUGACAAGCAGAAUCUUAUUAGUGAAUUUCAACUACUUUCUUCUUUUUAUAUUUCAAGUCUUCACAAAAAAAUACAGCACACCCAAGAAAAUGAAUCCCAGACUCUCCCAACCUUUUAGUUUUGAUUACCGAGUAUGCUGAUGUUGUGGAUGAACUCAUGAAAGAAAUAUAAUCUGGAGGAAUGGUAAAACUGGUGCAUCUCCUGUAUUUAAACAACUCUCAGUAAGAGAGUCAACAGUAUCGGCCCACAGAAUUCUUAAAUGACACCCCAACAGAACUGUGCCCACUGCCCUCUUACAUCUUUUAGCACUUCUUUAACUUUUCUCUAUUUUCUUAAUCUCAUUUUAAACAAUUCACCCCAUAAGUGUUUCACUGCAUUCUCUUAAACACACACCUUACGUUUUCUUUUGGAUCAAUUCUACUGAAUCAGGAGCUGGACGCCAUUUGAACUUCUGAAAAACUGCUGAACUUUGUUGAAACUCCUGACAUACAUGCUGACAAAUUGAAGACGUCUCAGAAACUCUAUUCUCAAAAACGUGUUCUUACAGUCUAAGAUAGCUCACGUUAGAUGCCGGGCUUCACAAGCGAGUGUCAAAACAAGCUGGUCUAACCUGAUAAUAAAACAAACGCUUGAUUCUGGAGCUUUGCUAAGGACAAGGACUGCAUUGGUGCAAAUGAAAUGUUUGAGGAGGGAACAGUUCACUUUUAGGGCAACAGUUCAGGGCCAGAGAUGGUAUGGAUAGCAUGUUGCGCACUGAGAUCAUUGCCAUUAUAAACGGAAACAUCUUUGAAUGCUGACAUCCAAAAUCAAAACCAUUGCAACUAAAUCAAUAGCUGCUUUUGUUUGUACGACCGGCUGUCAUGUAAAUGAUAUACCUCUAGGCUCCGUCUUCCUCAAUAAUCAAGAAUCAGUCUGAUUGUUGUGUCCCGGCGGUACUCGUCAUUUUCCAAAAAUAUUGAAUUUUCCUCUCAAAAACGCGAUGAUGACUAAUAGAGGCGAUGAAUGUAAUAAAAAGCAUACAAAUAAACGACAGACACGUGAGAAGUCAAAUUCACAUGUUGGCUUUUUGAAACCAACGGUUUGACGUUUGGACUGUUCUUUCGGUGGGAUGUGUAAAGUGGAUUCAUGAUUUUUUGGCAAAUGCCUGUUUUCUGAUGUUUACUUUAUGACCUCAUUAUUUUCUGCUUGUCUUGGUAUAAAGGUGGAUGUUACGGUCAGGGCUGGACUAGGACGAUAAUUUGGCCCUGGCAUUUUUGACCAGCUUCAGCCCUCCGCCAAU